GUCAGUAUUUAUUUGAGUCAAAAUCAAAAAUGGAAGAACUGCAGCUGUCGGAACCUUUACAGAGAUACUUCUCAGAUAUUUUUUUAUUAUGCGACGAGGAAAAUUCGGAAAAAGCUUCUGUUUUAAAAACUAUUGAACUUAUUAGGUCUGCAAAUGUACCUGAGCAUAUAAUAGACGAGAUAUCCGAAAUAAUAUGUUGGAACCAAUCCACGGCUAAUUUAAAUAAGAAAGAGUUUUUCUCUGCUCUUAAGUUAGUGGCAGCCUAUCAGUCAAAUAGAAGUUUGAGUAGUGAUUUAGUUACAGCCAACAUAGAUUUGCCUUUGCCAAAGUUUACAUGGAAUAAUCUAGGAAAUGAGAGUCCUAUUCCUGAUUUGAUAGAACUGAGUAAUGAUUUGAAUGUAUAUAGGGAACACAUAGAUACGACAAGUACUGAUUCGGAAUUCGAUAGUGAUACCUUAAGUCUGAACAGAAAUGGAUCGCCAGAAGUUUCAAGUACAGCUUCUGAUAGUCCAACACCCACAAAUAGUGUACAGGAUAGGAAUUGGGCUGGCAGAGGUUGGCAAGGAUUAAUUUCAGAGGAGCAGAGACAACUACUAGGUACAGAGGAGGAGUUGUCUGACAAACAUAGCAGCGAAGAUGAGACUGAAGUAAUGGAUGAUGUUUGGACUAUUACACCAGAACAAUGUACCUAUUACAUAAAGCAGUUUAAGACGCUUCAACCAGAUCUUACAGCAUUGUUGCCUGGGCCGGUAGCCAGGACCUUCUUUGAAAAAUCCCGUUUACCUGUUCAUACAUUGAGGAAAAUUUGGCAGCUAGCUGAUGUCACAAAGGAUGGAGCCCUGAGUUUGCAGGAGUUCAUGACUGCGAUGCAUUUGGUCGUUUUGAAGAGGAAUAAUAUUGAGAUUCCAGAUGUUCUACCACCAGGUUUGAUACCUGGAAAUAAUGAAAAUCCGAAGUCUCCCAGUCCGGAAACUGAACCGAUAUUAUCACCGCCAGUACCACCCCCAACUAAGGAGACUGCCAAAGAGUGGACCAAGUUCGUUGAGAGCCCCACCAGUUCUAUUGCUUCCCCAGGACCCAAACCCGUCAAUUUCGAUUUCCAGAAGGUCUCCCUCGAUAAGGAUCCGAAGAUAUUGCACCCGAAACCUCUGAGGUUAACGCCAGAGAAUCCGGGAACAUCGAACGAUGAAACCAGGGAGAUUUCAGAUGGACCAAGUCCAUCUAAGUUUUCAGAUAGUAACAGUUUAACAAUAGGACAUAAUUUAAAUUCAAGCAACGUUAAUUCUCAAACCCAGAACAGUGCUAUUCAAAGGCCGCAACCCAAAAAGAUUGUAGUGAAGGGGGCCAUACCUCCUCCUCCGACAAAUCAGAGUAGCGUUGAAGAAGGCCCUGUCAGUUUACCUGCUUUUCCGCCUCCAAAGAAGGAUAAACCGCCACCGCCCCCUCCAAGAUCAUUCAAAACUCACGGAAGGAGUUCUUCGUUGGAUUUGAAUCGUCUGACUAAGGUUCCAGUUGUACCGCCGAGGGUUAGUCCCAGUAUUAAUUCGUCGAAGAAGUUGAUGAAUCAACGGUCUGAAGGUGAUCAAGCUGUUUCAGCCCCAGUCGAUAAUCAGGAAGCAGAAGCUUCGUUUGCAAACUUCGAGCAGUUUGAGAAGUAUGAAAACGUUCAAGAAGGAGUAUUUCCGGGUAGUGUAUAUGAAGCAGAGAGGAAAAAACUGUUUGCCCAAUUUUCUGCGCCAGAAACUUCAGAAGAGACAGGACCGAGGAGACAUGGUGCGUUCGAAGUAUAUAGGAAGCCAAAUAAAGGCAAGGAUAGUCCCGUAUCGAAUGAAGAGAAACUCAAAUGGGACGUUUUCCAGAAAAUGCAGGAGGAAAAUACUGUACUAUUGAGGUUGUGCCAAGAAUUGAGUCAAGAGUUAGCCGAUAUCCGAGAAGAGAAGUUAGCGUUAAAAGUGCGAUUGGAAAAACUGAUGAACGGGGGAUAAUAGAUUGUCAAUCUCUUUCUAGAGUUCCUUCGUCACUUGUUAGGUUUUAAAAAUGCUUCUAAAGUAUAUUUUUUCUAAAAAUGAAGAUAUUGGAUCACAAGGUAGGAUUAUUCGGAGAGUGAAAGCUAUCAGAGUUGUAAAUUAUCAUUGUGAAUUGUUAAUAACUGUUGGGCUUUGAAACGUUCGACUAUCUCGAUUUAAGUUUAUUGUCAUAGAUUUAAUGAGAACACUAUCGACAGUUUCCCUAGAACCUGUAUGAAUAAAAUGUGAUUUAGUUAUGGAUUUAUUAUCGUCUAUUAAGUUUGAAUAUAUAUAUAUCAGAAACCUUUUACUUCA